AUGCUACAGCUCAAGGAACAGAUCCUAGACGACCGAACCCGGGGCACCAAGGCGAUCCUCGGCCUCGAUCUAGAAAAAGCGUUCGACAACGUGGCGCGCUCCGCCAUCCUAGACCAAAUUUCAAACCUGAACCUGGGCGUCCGAGCAUACAACUACAUCAGGGACUUCCUCACGGACCGAAAGGCCACGCUCAUUGCCGGAGACAUGGAAACGGAAGAACUGAACACGGGCAGCGAGGAAACGCCGCAGGGCUCGGUCACAUCCCCCCUGGUCUUCAACCUCGUGAUGCUCGACCUCCCACGGAAGCUACAAAAAGUACAUGCCGUCCACCAUACCAUCUACGCGGAUGACAUCACGAUCGGGACUAGUAACUGA